UAUCGAUCGAUCGCUUUGUUGGCAAAUCACAGACUAUUGUCGACCGAAGACAAGACCAAAGAGGAUGCGAUUGACGCGAAGAGGAGUGAAAGUGCGGAACCGAUUGAAUCGACUUUUGAAUCAAUUCAUAAAGUGCUGAAAGACAAGAGUUUGUCUCAACUGUUGAGUGAGGCCUCCAAUGAAGUGCAAGCCAUUGGUUCCAACACUGAAGAUGUCACUCAAUGGCAGGUAAAGCAAGCGACUGCCACAAGAGAUCAGACGAGACAUUCUGUGCGGCCGAAGACGGCUCCGGAGGACACGACAGUCGUGUUAUUCCCGGGUCAGGGAAGUCAGUUCGUGGGGAUGGGCUAUAAGGUGAUCGACUCACCGCAUGUCCAACACAUGUUCACAAUUGCCAAACAGAUAUUGGGUUACGAUUUGCUGGACGUGUGUCUGAACGGACCCAUUGAGCAGUUAAAUAGGACUCAAUACAGUCAGCCCGCCAUUUAUGUCACCUCUUUGGCAGCGGUGGAGCGCCUCCGAGAGACCGGUUCGGGUGAUGUCGAGUCAUGUGUGGCGACCGCCGGCUUUAGUGUCGGCGAAUUGGCGGCUCUGGUGUUCGCGGGCGCCCUCUCUUUCGAGGACGGACUCCGGUUAGUGAAGAUUAGGGCGGAAGCCAUGCAAUACGCCACAGAACUCGUGCCCUCGGCUAUGAUGACCGUCUUCUUCAACGCCGACGCGCGCAUUAACUUUGCCUGUAAUGCAGCCAAAGAGUGGUGUCUUCGCAAAGAGAUAGAGCCCGAGUAUGCCGUCUGUUCGGUGGCUAACUAUCUGUUCCCGCACUGCAAAGUGAUCGCUGGUCACGAAGAGGCCAUCAGUUUCCUGCAAAUGAAUGCCAAAGAUUUUGGUAUCAAAAGGACUAAACGAUUACCGGUUUCCGGUGCCUUUCACACUAGUCUGAUGGCACCGGCACGUGAAGUGAUGAGGGAAGCGCUCAAACAGAUCAAACUAGAGGUGCCCCUUAUCCCUGUCCACUCCAAUGUGGACGCCCGGGUCUACAACGACGUCGACUCUAUUCGCAAGAAGUUAGCCAAACAAAUAGUAUCAGCCGUUCGUUGGGAACAAAUACUGCACACCAUAUAUGAAAGACCUAAGGAUACCAAGUGUCCCAAAACCUUCGAGUGCGGCCCCGGGAACUCACUUCUGUCCACUUUAUCUAUGGUUCACGGCAUCGCUCGCAAGAAUGCCCGUCACAUACCGGUCUAA